AAAUGGCGGAGACUGAAAACGUGUCGUUAAAACAACUGUUUUCAUGGAUUACAAUGUGGGUGUUGCAGAAAAUAAAUAUGCUCCAUUAACUAGUGGAAUAUGGGUAUCUUUCAACAAGAUGAUGCUGAGGUGUAGUUAAGUCAUUAGGGAAAGAACUUGACAAAACCAGUUCCUGUAUCAUUUCCUGGCUUAUGAUGAAGAGAUCUGCUUUUGGACUUAAAGUUGCACGAGCUGCACAGAGAGUACGUUUGGCUGCAAGUGGUGCCAUGUUGCGGGGACUGCGUGUCAGUGAUGCAGCACCAGCCUGCUCGGAUCAGACUACAGCUGCAGUUCAAUCCCCUGUCAAGUGUCCACAAUUGGAGACUACCUCCUUUGACACUGACGUGGUUGUACAUUCCGGCCAGAAUAAGAGCAUCAGUGUACGUGUGGCGGACAUUCAGCCAGACCAGAUGGACAAUGUCCUCUGCCUGUUCACGUACAGCUGGGAAGUGAAGUACUCCACAUGGAAAAUCACGUCCUCCAACCUCGAGUGUGAGGCUCUCCAGUUUGAGUUUUCUGACGUCACUUUGCCCAUAGUAACCGCUCAGUUCACCGUGACGAGUGGGAAGAACAGCGUCCCAUUGGAUAAUCCACAAAAUAUCACAGUCCGCAUCUACAAGUGUGGUACCAUGGUAACCAACUGCGGUCAGUGCCUUAGUAUGGACCCGGAAUACGAGUGUGGCUGGUGUGUGGGUGCAAGCCCCACAUGCUCCUUGCAGACUCUCUGCCCUGCAUCUGACUGGCUCGACCGCUCAGCUGUCUGUCCCAACCCUCAGAUACUCGGGGUACGUGUGGCCAUAAUGCAGGAGAUGAUGCCAAUGAUUCUCAUUAGAAGACAUGAUGGUAACGGUGGCCCAGAACUCUGCACAACUAGAGUUCUAGCAACAUUCUGA